AAUAUAAAGGAAAGAAAAAGAAAACCAAUAGAACACUCUCUCUCUUUGCAUCUUCUCUUAAAUUUCCUUUUCCUAUUCAAUACCCUAAUCUCCUCAUUCCUUUUGCUUCCUUCGGUACCCCAAUUUGGUAUAUAUCCUACAAACUAUUCCCCUACACAGAGUUAGAUUAAUUACCUAAUAAUAAUUUCAUGAACUAUUUCAUUCUCUAACCCUAAGCACAAUUUUCAAUUUUCACACUUAGCCAUGGAGGGCUCUGUGGCAGCAGAACAACUCGGAGCCCCAGAUUCAUGGGAAUUGGCUGAUUUAGAUGAAAGUAUGACUAGAUUAAUGGUCUCUUCUUCAUCUAAGAAGAAGAAUUCUACUCUAUCUUCUUCUUCAUCAUCAUCUGGUUUUCAUAUCGAUGAAUCUACAGAAGCUCAACCUCACACUUCAACUGAAUCAACAUCUACUGAAAGGAACGAAGGAGGAGUAGUUUCUGAUGAUUCUAUCAAUCAAGUCGAUCAAUUCCUUAGAGAUGCUUUGCAGAACCCCCGUGAGAGAUUAUCAAUUUUGAGGAUGGAGCAAGAAGUAGAGAAGUUUAUCCGUGACUCUGCACAACAACAGCUGGAGUUUCAGCAGCUGCCUACUUCUUAUUUGAGAUUGGCAGCUCAUCGUGUGGCACAGCAUUACUGUCUUCAAUCAAUGGUUGUAUUAGACAACAAUCAACCUGAUGGGUCUGGUUCUAGAAUUAUUGUUCAUAAAGCUUCUGGAUUUAGAUAUCCAUUGAUUCGACUGGCAGACAUUCCUGUUAGUGUGGGACAAGAAGAAAACAACUCUGCUGUUAAAGUUGCUAUCAAGCAAAGACCACAGAGGCGGUCUCAGAACAGUGGAAAUUCAAAUUUGUCCAAGUCAAAUCACGCCAAAAGUGUCGAGGAAAGAAAAGAGGAAUACAAUAGGGCCCGGGCACGGAUUUUUAAUUCUAAUAGUACUAGUGUUGCUGGGGCACAGCCUGUUGGUAAACCAGAAAUUGAGUCAGUGGUGCCAGAUACAUUCCAGCAUUGUCCUGUUGGUCCGAGAAGGAUGGAAGAGAAACCUGUAGUUGAAUUGCCUGUAGCGAGUAUUGGUAGAGGCUUGGGAGAUUCUUCCGCAGAUAGCAGUAGAUCAUCAGGUAGAGGUCGGGUAGAAAAAGAGCCAGUAGGUAGUAGGUACCGAUCGAACAGUAGAGUGGCUAUCUUUCGGGAUCGUGAUGUUGAUCGUAAAGAUCCUGAUUACGACAGGAGCUAUGACAGGUAUAUGCAAAGAUUUGACCCUGGGUUUGGCUUUAGCGGAGGACCAUACACAAUGCAGCCCCUGUACUCCCCUGUCAUCAACUACAACACUGAAUUCCCACAGCUUGGCGCAGUCCACCGGCCUCAAAUUCCUACUGAGCACCAAGCCCGGCCAAUUCCUCAACAUCUACAUGGUUCUUGGACUGGGGCAUCAACACCACCUGGGAUUGGGUAUGGCCCUCCUGAGACAAUGAUGGGACCUUUCAACCCUAAUCAUGUUGGUGCCCAGUCCACCUCUGCCAUCUAUAUGCAUUCCUCUCAUUACCCUUGUCCUCCACGACCUGGAAUGCAGUUUAUCAAUCCUCAUGAACACGUGCACCAACCUUUUGCACAGCAACAUCAGCAGCAACCUGAAGCGAGUUAUGGAUUAGCCCGGCCCCGGUGAGGGGCUUGGGCCAUGCCUGCACUUUGCCUGUACAGAUCGGAGCACAAAAUCGUAUUAAGGUUGCCAUCCUGGCACCUAUUUCUUGAUCUGGCAAAAGUGCAGGCAUAAGGAUCCAAGGUUGGCUAGAGUUGGGCAUCGACAUUGGACUUCUCAUAUGCCACUCUGUCAACCUUGAUCCCAAGGAUGCUUCUUACAUCUUAUAUGGAGAAGCUUGACCUUAGUCGUUUUCAAUGGGACGAGCUCUUAGAGAGCUUUGCUUUAAAACUGUUGACGAUGAUGACAAAUUAGGAAGAAGAAUAUACCUGUCAAUUCGCAUGUGUGAACAUGGUUACCAUGAAGGGGAUGAAAAUAUGUAUCAUUUCAGUGCUGCAAAAUUUGGAGAAUGUGGUGUCAGUGUUACAAGAAAAUCAGGAUUGUUCGGACAAGCAAGUUUCUAAAAGCCACGUCAAGUACCUUUUGGACAAGGUAAAAUAUGGCCAAGCCCAUGUAGACAUCCAUUUAAGUGAAACAUCAUACAUGUGCAAGCCUUCCCCCUGUUUUUAGUUUUGGAAAUUUCAGGUGAAGUCUUUUACAGAUUAAUUUUGUGAAUUCUAUGGGACCACACCGGCCGCACACUUCGAAAUUCACCACUAGCAAAGUCACCUAGUUGACUUGCUGAAUUUGCCAACACAGCAGUACUUGAAUGAAACUGUGUCAUCUAUCUUUGAUCUUUAAUAAUGUGGACUUCUUAAAGACUUCCAUAGAAAGCAACAAAUGAAGCAGAACUAACUCGGGUUUGCUAUGCCAAGAAUAACAACAUCAACAUAGGUAAUAUUUUACGGAUGAAAAUAAUUCAAGCUCUAUGUUCCUCCAGCCAUGGUUUCCAUGCUAAUUCUGGUUCCAUUAUUUAUUUUAACUUUUCUUUUUUGCUUUCAUUUGUGUGCCUAGACAAUGGAUGUAAUGAAUAAUUAGCCAACUGUUUAACCGAAACCAUUGCAAUGUAUGUAUGGGUUGUUAUUCUCAAGUGUUCUCUUUAAUAUAUUCUGCAGUUUCCAUUCCA